UUAUCACUUUCAUUUCAUUUUCUUGUCCUUUCACAAAUAGCCAUGAAGAGCAUGAAAAUCCUUUUAAUUUUAGCCAUAAUAAUGGCAUUAUCCAUAACUCUUACAACAUCAUUUUCAUUCAACGACCCUCAUUACAAUAAUCCAACAUUAUCUUUUCCAAGAAUUGGCAAUUUUCAACCACAAAUACCAUCUUAUGAUGAUCACAAGUUGAAGUUCAAAGAAAUAUUUACACGCAUGACAUGCAACAAGAACCCUAUGAUAUGUUGGGCCAAGAGUAGCCCAGGCCCAUUUUGUUGCAAGAAGAAGUGUGUAAAUGUGUUUAUGGACAAACAAAAUUGUGGAUUUUGUGGGAAUAAAUGCAGGUAUAAUGAAAAUUGUUGUAAAGGGCAAUGUGUCAAUACUUUGUUUAAUAAGAGGCACUGUGGGGGUUGCAACAACAAGUGCCAAAAAGGAAGUUCAUGUGCUUAUGGAAUGUGUAGCUAUGCUAAUUAAUUAAUAUUCCAUUCCAAAGAUUAAUUUAAUUUGUUUAUCGUGACAUUAAUAAGUUACAUUAGUUGUUUGUUCGUUCUAGUAAUAAUCAUUGCUCUAUGCAGUGAUUAGAUUACGAGCUAGCUUAAAAGUCUUUUGGAUAUUUCCCCAUUAUAUUGUAAUCUUUUUAAAUUUGGGCAUUCACUUCAUGUGAUAUUCCCAUGUAUAACAAUAAAAAUCUCCGAUUCAUUUA